AUGCCUCCUAAACAACAAGCAAGCAAAAAAACAGUCGAAAAAGCAAAAGCAAAAAUCAUUGAAGAUAAAACAUUUGGUUUAAAAAAUAAAAAAGGCACAAAAAAUCAGAAAUUCAUUGCUCAAGUACAAAACCAAGUACAAAAUGCUGGAAAAUCAGCUCGAGAAAUUGCUAAAUUGCAAGAAGAAAAAGAAAAGCGAAAAGAAGAAAAGAAAAAAGCUGAUUUAGAAUUACUAACUCUAUUUAAACCGGUUAUAGGCCAACAAGUAUUAGCUGCUGGAACUGAUCCAAAGUCAGUUUUAUGUAUGUAUUUUAAGCAAGGUUCAUGUACGAAAGGCGCUAAAUGUAAAUUUUCACACGAUCUUGCUGUUGAACGUAAAGCAGAAAAACGUAGUUUAUAUGAUGACAUCAAUGGUAGUGGAAACAAAGAAAAUGAAACUAUGGCUAACUGGGAUGACGCACAAUUAGCCGAUGUUGUUGAAAAACGACAUGGUGAAGAUAAUAGAAAGAAAAAUGCAACACAAAUUGUAUGCAAAUUCUUUCUUGAAGCUGUCGAAAAUAACACAUAUGGUUGGUUUUGGGCUUGCCAAAACGGUGUUGCCUGCCAAUAUAAACAUGCUUUACCACCUGGUUUUAUGUUAAAACGUGAUCGAAAACUACUUGAUGAACAGAAAGAGACUAUUUCACUCGAAGAUUUAAUUGAAAGUGAACGUGCUGCGUUGGGUGGGUGUGUAACGAAAGUUACUCUUGAAUCAUUUCUUGCAUGGAAAAAAAGAAAAAUAGAAGAAAAAAAACUGCAACUUGUUAAAGAUGAAGAGAAAAAACGAAAUGAUUUUGUUAAACAUGGUCGUUUAGUUGGUUUAUCUGGCCGAGAAAUGUUUACAUUCAAUCCAGAAUUAAUUGCUAAUGAUGAUGAAGAUGCCGACAAUGAUAUUGAUUAUAAUCAACGAUCUGAUGAUGAAAACGAAGAUGAAGACGACGAAGAAGAAAAUAAUGAAAUCGAUGGUCAAGCCACAGCAUCUGCUAUUCGAAAACCAGUUAUACGUGAUUUAAAUGAUAUCGAUCUAUUAGCAAAUGAAGCACGUGAAGUUGAUAAUACUGGCACGAUAGCAACCGACGACCGAUUUGACAAUUUUCGUAAACUAGAACGAGAGAAACAAGAGCGACGACAAGCUGCUGCUGCUCAAGCUGCUCUUGUGAAGCAAGCAAAUAAUCUUGAUCAUGCCAGUGGUAGUGAUACCGCUAGUGCCUGUGCAUCAGCUACAACUUAUAAUGAUACAACAUCAACAGUCAACAAUGAUGAGGAUGAAGAUGAAAAUGAUGAAACUGAGGGAGUACAAAUUGAUGAAGAUCUAUUUGGAGAUGAUCUUGACGAUGUUGAAGAGCAAUUACGUGAAACAAAUUUGACAUCUUAA